CCCUUGCCCAACGCUCCCUGCCUGUACCAUUCGCCUGAGCCCAAACCGGCCUAACCUGCUCUCCCGAGCCGCCCCCCCAAAGCCGCGCCGGGGAAGGCAGCUCGCAGGCAGGGAGCUCAGUGCCAGCGUGAGGCGGAGGGAGAGAUUUGAUGAUGCCGCACAGUUGACUUGGCGAGCCAGAGGGCGGAGCGCCGGCAGUCCUGCCUAGCAGUUCCCCCUGGCUGGACGGGGGAGGGGACCCUGCCAGGGGUCUACAAGCUUCACCCACCCCACGGACCCCGGUAGAGUCAGCGGCAGCCGCGGCAGCGAGGGAAGAUGGCAGAGAGCUCCCUGUACACGCAGCGCCUAGAGGCCAUCGUGGGGCGGCGCAAGGUGCAGGAGCGGAUCCUCCGGACGCGCCGGGAGCUGGAGGAGGAGAAACUCCGAGCCCAGCAGCUCAAGAGGAAGUCCCUGCGAGACCGGUGGCUGAUGGAGGGGUCGUGUCUGCCCCCCGAGAACGACCCCACCUCCCCGCUAUGGCAGACACAGUCCCGCAUCCAGGAGCUAGAGCAGGAUCUGUCCAGCCUCCAGUCUCAGAUGCAGCAGCUGGAUAACCCGGAGCAUCCCGGCAAGUCGCACGAGGCCUUGGAAGACGCCAAGCAGCCAGCAGGGGGCGCCUGUGAGGCCCGGGGGGCUGGCUCUGCUUCGGCAGGUGGGGGGGGUUGUGGCUGCGAGACCGAACCUGCCCUCCCCCUGGCUCCAGUCCCCCCCAAGAGGGCCAUGCGAGCGGCAGCCCGGGAGACCCUGGAGAACGGGGACGUGUCGAGAGCAGGUCCCUUUGGCGUGGAGGGGAUCAGCCCUGGGGAGGGCAAGACUGAAGCCAGCGCUGCUGCCCCAGGAACUCGGGAUGACGGGGCAGGGGCCUCCCCCAAGCAGCCAGAGAAGCUGGGCAUGGGCAAGGUGGAGAUGAUCAUUAGAAACCACCUGGGCCAGGAAGUGGGCAGCAUGGACGCCAUCGGGCGGACGUCCCCCGAGACGGAGGGGGAAGCUCCCCAGGGAGAGAAUGGGCUGGAGGAGGCUUGGGACGGAAGGACAGAGCGGGAGCCACAGAGCCCGCCUGCCUCUGCGAGUGACGCCCUGGACAGCAGGAUGGAGGAGAGCGUGGCAGGGGAAGGGAGCAGAGAGGGGCCGGAGGGGGAAUCCGGGGUGCAGGAGGGGGAGGCGCAGGCCCUGCCAGUUGAGAACUGCUGCCUCGAUUCCCCGAGGCCCGAGCCGGACGGGGAGCUGGAGGAGCCGAUCGGGGUCAUGGAAGAGGGGGAGAUCUCGGCUGAGCCUGCCAGGGGAGCCACGGAAAUGGAGGAGGCAGAGGCUGCCCAGAGGACUCAGGGCAGGGCAGCAGAACAGAGGCCGCAGGAGCUGGGGAGAGGCCCUAUGUGGCAGGAGCCUGCUAGGGAACAGGAGCGUCAGGUGUCCCCCGGGGCAGAGCAUUCUCAGGCUGCAGGAGUGGGAGAAGGAGCAGAGACAAAGGCCUCUUUGCAGGACCAGAUCCCAGCUCUGCAGGGACAGAUCCCCUCCCCCCAAGAGGCUAAAGCAAUUCUCCGGGACCAGAUCCCAGCUCUGCUGGACCAGAUCCCUUCCUCUCUGCAGGAGGCUAAAGCCCCUCUGCAAGACCAGAUCCCAGCUCUGCAGGGACAGAUCCCCUCCCCCCAAGAAGCUAAAGCAACUCUCCAGGACCAGACCCCUUCCUCUCUGCAGGAGGCUGACGUAUCUAUGCAAAACCAGAUCCCAACUGUGCAGGACCAGAUCCCAUUGUCUGUGCUGGAAGUUCAAACAUCUCUUCAGGGCCAGAUCCCCUCACCACAAGAGGCUAAGGCAGCGCUGCAGGACCAGGUCCCUUCCUCUCUGCAGGACCAGAUCCAAUCUAUGCAGGACCAGGUCCCUUCCUCUCUGCAGGACCAGAUCCAAUCUGUGCAGAACCAGAUCCCUUCCUCUCUGCAGGAAGCUAACAUCUCCCUCCAGGACCAGAUCCCAUCAGCUCUCCAGAACCAGAUCCCAUCACCCCAAGAAGCUAAAGCAGCUCUGCAGAACCAGAUCCCUUCCUCUCUGCAGGACCAGAUCCCAUCAUCUCUCCAGGACCAGAUCCCUUCACCCCACAAAGCUAAAGCUGCUCUGCAGGACCAGAUCCCUUCCUCUCUGCAGGACCAGAUCCAAUCUAUGCAGGACCAGGUCACUUCCUCUCUGCAGGACCAGAUCCAAUCUGUGCAGAACCAGAUCCCUUCCUCUCUGCAGGAAGCUAACAUCUCCCUCCAGGACCAGAUCCCAUCAGCUCUCCAGAACCAGAUCCCAUCACCCCAAGAAGCUAAAGCAGCUCUGCAGAACCAGAUCCCUUCCUCUCUGCAGGACCAGAUCCAAUCUAUGCAGGACCAGAUCUCUUCCUCUCUGCAGGAAGCUAACAUCUCCCUCCAGGACCAGAUCCCAUUACCCCAAGAAGCUAAAGCAGCUCUGCAGGACCAGAUCCCUUCCUCUCUGCAGGACCAGAUCCAAUCUAUGCAGGACCAGAUCUCUUCCUCUCUGCAGGAAGCUAACAUCUCCCUCCAGGACCAGAUCCCAUCAGCUCUCCAGGACCAGAUCCCUUCACCCCACAAAGCUAAAGCUGCUCUGCAGGACCAGAUCCCUUCACCCCACGAAGCUAAACAUUCAUUCCACAGCCAGAUCCCCUCCAGCCAAGAGCCAAUCCCUGCACUUCACGGGGAGGUACCGCUUACCCCAUCUGGCAGAGCACCAACCCCGGAGCAGGCGCCUUCCCGACCCAGGGAGAGCAUGGCCCUGAAAGGAGGCAGCGGCACUGGCCCGGUUUCAUCGGCUCCAGAAGAAACCACUGAAAACCUGGGGAAGCUCCACCCGGAGCAGCAGCCUCUGCUUAAGGAAGCCUCCGGGUGCCGGAUGGGCUGGAAGCAGCCACAGGAUCCCGUGGCCAGGAGCCUGCAGCCGGGAGCUGGCACCUUGAAGUCGCUGGCAGCCGUGAGCCCAGAGGCCCCGACAUACACCACCGCCUCUGCCAACACCGCCUCUCCAUGCCAGGGCAGGAGCGCCACCACCACCCGGCCGGGAGAUGGGCAGGAGACAGGCAGACGCAAGCAGAAAACGUGCCAGUGCUGCUCUGUCAUGUGAUCCCGGCCCCGCCUGCCGCUGGGAUGGGGCGUCGAGAGCCCCAGCCAGAGACCGGCCGAUCAGAGGGGCCUUGCUCCAGUGCCUGGGGGCCCGUGCAGCCGCAGCUCACCCCUUGGUGUUUUAAUUCCCCCGGGGAGGCUGUUCAUUUGUUCUGCCUGGUGUUUUCCUACGGAGGGGUGCCUGGGGUAGGCAGUUAGUUUGGGGGGCACCUGUCUCCUGCUGGCAGGACAUGGCUGCUGGCUGCAGCGCUAAUUUCAUGUCUGGUUGGUUCUGUCCCCAGCCCCUGCAUCGAGGGGUCCUUUUCCUUCCGUCCCUGCCACGUCUGCCCCCUUCUGGAGCUCUGAGUGCUGGGCAAGGUGGGGGGGGCUCCUAUUCCUGGGUGUUCAGGGCCCCAGCUCACACUUCUGCACACGCCUGUAUACACGCACGCUUGUGUCCCCCCCCCCAUGAAUGCACAUGCCCCUGCCCGAAUACAAACCUCUGUGUACAAACGUGUCCACGCGCCCGGUCUCCCGCACACCCCUGAAUACGCAGCCAGGCCCCCAGGUACAAAUGCAGCUCUAGUGUGACGUGCUCACAAGUGCACGUGCACCCCCCAGUACAGAAGUACACACAGGCACAAUGCUUACCCCUCUGCACACAGACACUGCACACGCAUCACGGCCCAGACAGGUGCACUCACACUCGCACCCACACACAGGCCUGACACAAUUGUAGGUGCACUUGGGCACUGCGGCAGGCACUUCGCACACCCAGACGUGCACACACGAGCAGGUGUGAGCUCAGCCUCCAGCUGAGCUGGGCACUGCCCGGCUGCCUGCUCCCCAACACGUCUUGGCCGAGAGACCUUUCCCAGAGUCGUCGCCGUGCCAGGAGGGGGCGCCCCGUGCAGGUCAUGACGGAGGCCUCAGAAACCACCUCCUCCCCCAAUCCUCAGCCCAGCUUCCAGCGCCUGCAUCCUGCCCCUUGCAGGACCAAACCCCCUUUCCCAGCUCUGGCUCGGGCAGCCCUGGAGCUCAGUAAUCGGACAGGCUGGAGCAGCCUGGCCCCGAGUCUCAGAGGUAUUUCAGUGUCCCUGGGGAUCUGGGCCUCAGAUGCCACCGUGAUGGGCAUCAAUAGAACAGCCCCCAAAGCUGGGUUUGUCUCUGCCCCCCCCACCCCCCUUUUAAACCGCUCUUGUUUGGAAUGAGUGUGCGAGAGCCGGGCACACAGGCUAGCCUUGAGCUGACCAGCAGGGGUCAGUACUGAGUGAUUCACAAUUAAAGUCACUUUCAA